GGACAAUGGACAGUGCAGUACACAGCACCUACUGCUCCCUGACUGAUAGUGAUUGGUGGCGCGGCGGUGGAGCAAGGCAAGAGAUGAGAGGACAUGUUGUAACAUCACAUAAGCCUGUGCUGCACAGAGCUGGAGUCGAGAGAGCGAGACCACGCAGCACGGCAGACAGACACAGGCGUCCUACUCCUAGAUGUCCAGUUCAAGUUUACCCCCUUCCCGAAUGGUCGCGCGUUAGUUGGUGCGACUUCUUUUCGAGCAUCGUUGUCACUUGCCCGUGACGCAAGAGUGCUGCGCUUUAGUAGUUCUAGCGACUUACCUUCACCGCCAGCGUCACCGCCACCACCCGCUUUACGACGACUGCUUGUAAUAACCCAUAAGCCAUACUUGGCUGUUUCUGCGUCAACUCGAAAUUCUCUUUCCGGGCUCGUCCGACGGUCCGAUUUCCUCUGCCCGGGCCCGUGGUCCACGGUCACGCCAUGGCGCGCAGUCGCGAGCGGCAAUCGCGGCGACGACUAGCCGUUGCCGCCGUCGCGGGCCUCGUGUGUGCGCAGCUCGCGAGUUCGUUUCUCGCGUCCGCAGCAACGUCGUCGGCGAAUUUCGCAUGGCUCGCCGCGAAUGACGGCGACAGUCCCGGCAAUUCCUCCUCCUCCUCCUCCUCCUCCUCCUCCUCCUCCUCCUCCUCCUCCUCCUCCUCCUCCUCCUCCUCCUCCUCCUCCUCCCCCUCCUCGUCUGGCAAGCGCUCCGCGAAGGCCGUAGCCGGUCCGGUGUGCCGCGGGCCGUGCUGCUCGAACCGCGCGCCGCGCAUCGGCAAGGGGCGGCCGUCGUUCAAGUCCAAGUGGAUCAGCACGCAGAUGGCGCACGGCGCGCGGGUGCAGCUCAUGUCCAAGGCGUUUCAGACGUGGUGGGGGCCGGAGAACGCCGUGGCAUGGGGCGGGGGCGGCGGCACAGUGCAGUCGCCGCACCGCGGCGAGCCCAGCAUCACCUCGUCCUUCCUCGUCGUGCGCGUCUCAAACACACAGAUUCGGCUGCAGGUGCCAGGGGGGAAGUAUGUGCGCGCGGGCGGCGUGUACAAGGGCAUCAACAGCAAAAUCCCCACUAUGGACCUCUCCGCUAAGGCGGACAAGACGACAAUCUUCACUGUGGUCAAAGUCGGCGCGGAUAGGAUCAACCUGCUGGCGUACGACGGCAAGUACGUGAGUGCGAGCGGCAACAAGGGCGACCAGCUGCUGCGGUGGGCGACCACCCCCUCGGAGUGGGAGGCGUUCGUGGUGUUCGAGGCCAUGAUGGUGCCCGCUAUUAGGGGCGCCAACAUCGGCGGCUGGCUGGUAUUUGAGCGCUGGAUGAACCCGGGGCUGUACAACAACCCGCCCAGGUGGAAGGACGGCACCAUGUUCCGGCUCAAGUCGGCGACCACCAGCAAGUACGUCACGGCCAAGAAUUACGGCGGCACCACAAUCAUCUGCAAGGACGCCACCCAGGGGUACGACGGCAUCUUCUUCCUGCGCACCAACGGCGCCCGCAAGUACCAAGUGCGCGUGCAGGGCACUCAGUUCUGGGCGCUCUCUGGCUCCUCGGUCGUUGCGGGCUCGCCCAACCCCACCAAGAAGCUGUCGGACUUCUUGUUUCAGUUUAAGGACAGCACUCUGACUCUCGUGCGCAUUGUGGCGCCCAACGGCAAGCUGCUGCGCGCCACGGCAGCAGGUGACCUCGUGGCGGACGGCACGUCCAAGUCAUGGUCCGGGGACACUGCCUUCAUCGUCACCAUUACGGGCACGCGUGACGACGAGUGGCAGCUCUCGGCCUCCCUGGGCUCCCGGGCCACGUCCUACAUUUCCUCCUACCGCGCAGCAUACCUCACUGAGGCCGACUUCGCCUACAUGAGGCGGCAGGGGCUCAACGCGGCGCGCAUCCCCAUCCCCUACUGGGUCAUGCAGGACCCCAAACCCGAGUACCCCUGGGCAGCAGGCACCCGCGAGCGCCUCGACUGGGCGUUCGCCAUGGGGAAGAAAUACGGCAUCCGCAUCUGGCUGUCCCUGCACGUGCUCCCGGGCACACAGAGCGGGACGUACGGGUCGCGCGACUCGCUGACUCUCUGGCCGCAGCGCGCCAACUACCAAAAGUCGCUCCAGCUGGUGGAGUGGCUGGGGAAGCGGUACGGCGGCAAGAGUGAGUUCCUCGGGAUCGGGCUGGUGAACGAGCCGGCGGCGCCGUGGGUGUACGGGAUUCAGUCGGGGGUCACACUGCCGUUCCUGAAGCGGUACUACACGGCGGGGUACGCGGCGCUGCGCAAGGGCGCCAAGUGCGCAUUCAUGUCCAUGGAGGGGCGGAUCGGGUCCAACAUCUGGGAGAUGCACUGGCACCUGUACGACAACGUGCACACGAACGUUAUUCUGGAGUCACACUUCUACAACGUGUUCAAUCCGGAGCUGGUGAACAACAAGGGCAUGACGGCCGCGCAGGAGGUGCAGUACACCAGCACCACCAUGCCCGCCAAGAUCAAGGACUAUCAGCAGUUUGGGCGGCCGCUGCUGGUGGGCGAGUUCUCGAACGCCAUGGCACACCCCGAUGACAACUACCAGGCGGCGUUUGGCAAGGCGCAGCUGCAGGCCUUUGGCACCGCACAGGCCGGCUGGUUCUUCUGGUCGCUCAAACACAACAUCUCGCUAGGCUGGGAGCAUUGGAGCUUCGUCAAGAGCAGAGAGAAGGGAUGGCUCCCACAAAAAUCCGCUGGGGUGUGGUGGUAGCAUCUUUUGAUCGAACAAUGAUUUAGCAUAAAUAUAUGUCAUGCUAGGAUAGGAUGUCUCUUGUUACUCGUGAAUUACUAAGGUGUGGUUCAUUUCCCUCAAUUCUUGACUGCUGAGGUACGUAUGCCAUGAGUCAUGACCGCUGAUUUCCAGAUAUUCCCAAAGUA